UAUUCCUGCUUGUCUUCUUCCUCUGUGCUGGUGGCUGGUGCUGGAGGCCUGGCUGAAAGGUCAGGAGAACCCACUGCAGCUGCUGCCCUGGGCUGGUCACGGAAAUGGGCCCUGCUGGGAGGUGACUGUGACACCUUGAUAAGGCCAAAAAGUGCAGGAGGAGCUUGGUGACUCCUAUAGGUUUGGUUUUUGUUUGGUUUGGGGUUUUUUUAAGGCAGCAUUUUGACUGUCAGGGUGGGUUAGUUCUGUGUUAAUACAACUUGGCACUUCCAUAACUUGGCUCUUUCCUUAGCACUGCUUGGCAUAACACUUCCAAAAUCGCCCUGGAAUUUAAAUUUCUCUCUCUCUUCUCUCCCUCUCCCUCUCUCUCUCUCUUUCUCUAACUUAGUGUCAAUGAUAAGGUAAUAUCUGUCUCCUGCCUUAACUGUGUUCUUAUUGAUGCUUUACAUGCCUGGGAAGUGGGAGUGCUGCAGCUGGAUAAAGUAACAUGAUGGGACAUGCAUUGCUGCUGCACCUGAAGGCUAUAGGAAUAGCUGACUUUGGGUUCUGUGCCCAGAUCACCCCUGAGCAGAGCAAGCGCAGCACCAUGGUGGGGACUCUGUACUGGAUGGCUCCCGAGGUGGUGACACGGAAAGCCUACGGCCCCAAAGUGGACAUCUGGUCCCUGGGCAUCAUGGCUAUUGAGAUGGUGGAAGGAGAGCCCCCGUACCUCAACGAGAACCCCCUGAGGGCUUUAUAUUUGAUAGCAACUAAUGGCACACCAGAACUCCAGAACCCUGAGAAACUGUCCCCAGUAUUCCGGGAUUUCUUGAACCAAUGUUUGGAGAUGGAUGUGGAGAAAAGAGGAUCAGCCAAAGAAUUGCUACAGCAUCCCUUCUUGAAACUGGCCAAACCUCUGUCCAGCUUGACGCCACUAAUCCUGGCAGCCAAAGAAGCAAUGAAGAGUAACCGCUAACAUCCUGCCACAGCCUUCUUCCUUUUUUGUUUGUUUGUAUUUUACAAAUCUUUAUAAUAUAUGAAAUUGUUACACUUCGGGGGGGGGAGGGAAGGGGUUUUGUGGGAGUGGGAAAUGUCUGCAAAAGGGAAGAAACUCAUCCAGAAGACACCCAAAUACAUUGUGGCGACUCUAGAGAUCCCUGUCUGGGGUCCAGAAGGAAUUGAGGGCUGAAUUACUGGCCUUUGUGGGGUUUUUUAAUUCUGAUUUUUGUUUCCCAGACAGCCCAGAAAUACCACUUGCUGUGCCCGGGGCUUUAAGGGGUUUUACUUCGCUGUAACAGCUCCCGUUGUACCCUCUGGGUACUUUCAAUACUUGAAUGACAGAUUCAAGCUUUCAGAGAGCAGUACUAAUUUUACCUGCUGAUCUCUUUGACUCUCCUCUUCCUCCCCUCUGCCUGCAAUCCCUGUGGGAAGCUCCCAGUGACUAGAUUCACGGCAGGUGUGGCGAAUGUGAAGGUACAUCUUGCCCCUCAUUUCUGUUUUGGAUUAGCUGUCGCUGUACUGUAGAAUCAACAACUCGGUUACUUAAGGAAUCGUAAUGUAUGGAGAUUCUUUUCACUUCUUGAGAUGAAAAAGGAGAGAGAGAGGGGGAAGAGAAGUAUUCAGCUGUUUCUCAUACCUGUGCUCUGUGGACAUUUUUUUAAAUCAAAAAUGUGGCCUCUUUGUAGAACCGUAAUGAUCGGUCAAGUCUUUGGAUGUGGGUUAUGGAUGUGUAGGUUGGGGUCAGAUACUUUAUUUAUGAUCAAAUGAUCAGUUCUAGUCAGGGCAAGAAAAAAUUCCAGCUGUCUUCCUGUCUGCUCUUUUUUUCCCCUGUUAGACUUGCUGGCCAGAAGCUUGAGGGAUAAUGUGCUUGGUGCAGUGGGUGGUUCACAAACUUGUAUCUGUGCUCUGACUUGGGCUUUGGAAGUUAUGCUGGUGCCUUUGACUUUUUUUAUUUUACAUUUCCCUUCUUUGUAUCAAAUACAUUUUUGUAUAUGUUGUAAUUUCCCCCCUCCUCCCCCCGCCAAGCAAAUAAUGCAUCAACCUAUGGAGUUGUCAGAGUUUAAAGUAUUAGAGAUAUUUUUUCCAGUUUUGUAUGUGCUCCAUUUGUACUAAUGAAACCAGAAGAACAAAUAAGCAGAUCUGAGGACACUGACGAUACAGGAUUUUGGAAACAUGAUCUGAACAGAUGAUGAUGAACACCUGGAGGUGCCAAAGUUGUGAGAUGAAGCAGAGGGGAAGCAGUGCUGUCAGACCAUCAUGGGGCCUGUUGGACUGGCUGGUGUCACUCUGAUCCUUGUCACUGAGGAUUCUGUGCUGGCCAGGAUGGCUGCAGCCAACCCUUGCACACAACAAAAAGUGCCUCUUUCUGAAGGACAGCGACAGCCUGAGCGCUUGAGUUCCUGGGGUGUUGCCAGGGUUGAGUUUAGCAGAGCCUCUGCCCCUUCUAAUGCUACAGUCUAUGCAUUUCAACCUCCACAAGUGUUUAAGGAAGAGCCAAGUAGUGCCAAUGUGCCAAAUGAGUCUGUGAAAGAAUAACCAUGACUUUAGUGGGAUUGUAUUGCAUUCCCAGUGGGGCAGGGCCUGGGACAGACAGAGCUGUGGUUGGGUGUGGACAGAGGACCCUGAAUAAAAAUUUUUGCACACUUUUCCAAACAUUGCUGGCAGGAGAUAGAAGUGAUUUUCAGAGAAUUUCAGUAUCUCUGUAGAGAGAAUGACAUUUUGGGGACUGGUAGCCAAGGUAUGACAAAACAAACUUCCAGGUGAGAGUGGCCGGGCAGGAUGGCAGAGGCAGUUUGGGGGGGAUGGUGGAGGGAGCAGGGCUGGGGUCUCACAGCUCCUGGGGGUCCUGUGGGGCCAGCAGGGUGCCUUGUUGGGCAGGCUCAGCUUGUGUUCUGCUCCUGUGUGGUAGUUAAAAUCCGUGUUGGGUUAAUUAUCUUAACUGUUCCUCACAGGGAUCAAUCUCUCUUGCUGUAAGUGUGACAACAGUUAUGGCUUUAAAUUUUAAAUUCAAGGAAGUGUCUCAUGCCAAGUAAGGUAGUCCAAGUGCAUUUGCCUGGAAAAAAAAGCUAUUAUGAGCCAUGGGCACUGUAAUCACCCUGUUUUCAGUGUGUCCUGGCUCCCUGGUCAAACGGAGCAGUGAGGAGGCUUGGCUGAGGAAAAAACCUGUUGUACCAGUGGUUCCCUCUUUGUCCAUUGCUGGCAAUGGACUUGGUGAAACUCCUUGUGCCAGAGUUAAAAUGGGAGCUUUUCUUUCUUUCAUCUUUUUUUUUUUCCUUUAAUGGCACAAUCUAGAUAAAUUUAGCUUUUUUAAAUAGAAAACAAGAAAUCAUAAGUAAUUUUAACUUAUUAGUUCACUUUUACUGGUGAAUGAGAACGGUUUAAAACAUAUGUUGCAAAAUUUGUCCAGUUUACCCUGCUUAGGAGACAAUUUCUGAAGAUUCAGGCAUCCUAAUGCACAAAACUUGGCCCAAUCCCAAGUUCCCAAAUUGUGUGUGUGACCUGGGACGGUGUUCAGCUCCCAGCAUCUCCCUGGCCCCAUGCAGCAACUGUUCUGUGCUGAGCUUUCCAUGGGGAUCAGAGGUGGGGCUGGCAGGAGAGGAGAGCCAGGAGAAGGUUUUUGUGCUGUGCUGUUGUGUCUGGAGGGCCAGGCAUCACUUUUCUGAGGGUGUCUGCGAGGUGAGGAGCUCCAAGGCGUGGGUUUUCCCCAGUGGGAGCAGAGCAGAGCCCUUGGGUGGGUGCAGGGCUGGAGGAAAUGAUGGGAAGGGAUGAGUUGCAUCCAGAUGUGGGGAUUCCUGCGCAUCCCUCUCGGGUGCCCACCUGAUCCUGAGUGGGGAUCAGACAUGCACACAAUCCCUGUGAAGUGUCAGCAGGGCAGCUUGUGGCUGAGGUGCGAGUGUGCAGGGAGUGUGAGAUUCCUGGGAUGUUGUUAUCAUACAACAAACCAGAGUUCUUAUUGAAAAUAACCAUGGGAAUGAGCACUUUGCCCUGCCUUAGGUGUUAAUGAGACUAAUUGGAGCCUUGCCCCCUGGCUCUGUGCAGGGAGGUGAAAAGGUUUGUCUACAGCAGAUGGGUCCCGUUGUCAGAGGGGCUGGGGAGGGAGCAAAGAUAAUGUGAUUAGGGGUCUCUCCAGCUGGAAUUGAGUCAAUAAAUCUCUCUGGUCUGUUUUUCCCUCUGUUCCUUAUGCUGUUGAUGGGAAUGGAAGUAGGUGCAAGCUUUCUUUUUAUUUUUUUAACUGUCUUCAGAUGUUAAUGUUGCCUUUUGUGUAAUUUAAUCCCAAUAUGUUAUUUAAUUGUUACUGCAAUAUUAACUACUGUAUUUGUUGACUUUGUUUAAUAACUGUCUUUCAGGGCUAGAAAUAAACUUUUAAAAAACC